CUGCUUUUCUUAGACACCAGAGCUAGGAGAAAGCCGCGGACACUCAAGUGGAAGAGAAGUUGGCAUCACCAUGGCUUCAGUGUCUACUCAUGAAAGCCAAGAGAAAGGUCCCCAUGUGCCACCACCACCAAGCAAGCAGAGCCUGCUGUUCUGCCCGAAGUCCAAACUACACAUUCACAGGGCAGAGAUUUUAAAGAUAGUCCGCGAAUGCCAAGAGGAGAGUUUCUGGAAGCGAGCUCUGCCUCUUUCUCUUGUGAGCAUGCUUGUGACCCAAGGAUUAGUCCACCAAGGUUACUUAGCAGCUAAUCCAAGAUUUGGAUCAUUGCCUAAAGUUGCACUUGCUGGUAUCCUGGGGUUUGGCCUGGGAAAAGCAUCUUACAUCCGAGUGUGCCAGAAGAAAUUCCAUUUGUUUGAAGACCAGCUUCGUGGAGCUGGUUUUGGUCCCCAGCAUAACAGGCACUGCCUACUUACCUGUGAAGAAUGCAAAAUUAAGCGAGCAUUAAGUGAGAACAGCAGUUCCCAGCCAUCGGCUUCCUAAACUCCCAUCUAUGGCUUUUGAAGUUUCUGCAACCUCUGAAUUUGUAUGCAAUUAAAAUCUCAAGUGUACUUUAAAAUGUAGUGUAGUGGAGCAUAAACAUUGCCAUCCUCCCACCUUGCUGAAAUACUUUCUAUGGAGCACUU